AUGGCGAGUAUAUCGCGCCUUUUUCUGCUCUUUAUCUCUGUCUGGUCGACCCUUGUGGUCCAUCUCGGUCAUGUCUCGGCUCGCUAUAUUCCUUCUUUAGUCCCCGGGGAAACAUUUCCUUCCGCAGAUUUCCUUCUGUCGGAUUACAAGAAUGUAUCCCUUCAUAAGCGCGAUGGAAAGCCCCCUCCCAGCUUCGAGGAGCUCAUACGAAAAGGAGCUUGCCAUCUCUCCAACUGCGAGAGCCUUGACUAUCCCCAAAGGGACGGAGUUUCCUUCGAUGAAAUGACCCAAUACUGGACAAGUAAACCAUACGCUGUUGGGAAUAGCGGAACCACAGAGUCCUUGGAAGUACUGGGGGAUGCACUUAGUGCACUUGGUUUGCCAACGAAGCUCCCUCCGAAUAAAGGCGAAAUUUGGGAGCAGGAUCGAGACUGGGAGGAAAACGACACUAAUAAAGCUGCUACAUAUGGUUUGUAUCGAAGCGUGAUGAACCCAGGGAAGGGAUUCAUGAUCGCGGAGGAGAACUGGAGUCCUUGGGAGCAGACGAAGGACGACAAACAUAGCCCAAAUUCGGACGGUCAAAGGCAGCCCCCGAUUACCAAGUGGUCGGACGUUACUUUCCUGGUUUGGGAGCGGCUGGCGCGAACUCCCAAGGAGGCUCAAAAAAUCAAGUAUAUGUUUCGCUUCCACAUCGUCAAUGAUCUCACAAUUGCCACGAUCGAUACCGCCCUUCAAAGAAAGGGGAAAAAGAUCGAGGAAUGGCCGGGUACUACGUUUGACAUGACCACAGAUGAAGGCAAGGCCAUUCUCGCUACGCCGAAUGGUGCCGGGGUGGCCUGGUGGCUUAUCGACCACAAAUCGCAAUUAGGUGUGAAGACAAUUAAAUCGGUGACUGUUUUCAAAGGUAGAGGGAUAGGGAAAGAUUGGUACAAUGCCGUCUUCGAAAUCGAACCGUCUUCCGGCAAAGGCAAAGGUAAAGGGAAGGGCAAAGGGAAAGGGAAAGGGAAGGCUUGA